AUGGCGACCGAGCCUCACGGUCGAUACCUUUUCGCGGGCGACGUGGAAGGACGCCUGCAUCUGCUCUUCAAACGAGCCGCUGCGGUGAACAAGUCCAACGGUCCUUUCGACUGUCUCUUCUGCGUCGGCGCUUUCUUCCCGCCCGCCGAUCCCGCUACCGCCGGUGGAGGCGGAGCUGGCGGCCAAUCGGAGCUGGAGGAUUAUAUUGCGGGGCGCGCCAAGGCGCCGCUUCCGACGUUCUUGAUUGGCGACAUUGGAGUCGGCGCGCAGCGACUGCUGGAGAUAGCUGAGCGGGGCGGAGGGGGGGCGGCGACGCGGAAAGAAGGGGAAGCAGGGGAGGAGAAAGGAAAAGAGGAAGGGAAGGAAGAACAGAAGGAGGAAGUAGAAGAGGGGGGGAAAGGGGAGGGGGAGGAGAAAGGGGAGGGAGAGGACAAAGGUGAGGGGGAGGAGAAAGGGAAAGGGGAAGAGGCACCGGAGGGGGAGGGGGAUGGAAGCAAAGCGGUCGGUGAAGCAGGGGAAGCGGAGGAGAGCAAGGGGGAGGUUGGGGCGGGCAGGCAAGGAGGGGGGUCAGGGGGAGGCGAGAAAGAGGAGGACGAGGAGGUGGGGGAGGGGGAGUGGAGGUCGCACAGGCGCGUGAAGAUAUGUGACAAUAUCGAAUGGCUGCGCGGAGCAGGCAUUGCUGACCUGUGCGGCCAAAUCAAGCCGUCCCCUCUCUGCCUGCCUGCUGGAUCCAAUCCGCCCUACCUGUCUUCCACCCCGCCCCUUCCCUCCCUGUUCCGCCCCACAGGCCUCAAGGUGGCCUAUCUGGGCGGCAGAUACGAUCUCGCCACGUACCUCUCGAAGCAGGGGGGCGGCACGGGGGCGGCGGAAGGGCGGCAGGAACGGGCGGCAGUGGAGGCGCUGGUGGAUGCGGGGGCGGAUGGGGCGGCAAUUGACAUGCUGCUCACCAACGAGUGGCCCAAGGGGGUCGCUGCUCUCACCCACCCCUCCCUGCUGCCCACGCCGCCGCCCGCCACGUCAGCGUCGGCGCCUGCCAGCGUGGACUGGGCGGGUGUGGGGUCGCCAGUUGCUGCCACGCUGGCCAAGGAGCUCAUGCCACGCCCCCAUGUGCAUGCUCGUGUAAUCGAGCCGCAUACGUGCAAGCCCCCAUACGUGCAAGCCCCCAUACGUGCAAGCCCCCAUACGUGCAAGCCCCCAUACGUGCAAGCCCCCAUACGUGCAAGCCCCCAUACGUGCAAGCCCCCAUACGUGCAAGCCCCCAUACGUGCAAGCCCCCAUACGUGCAAGCCCCCAUACGUGCAAGCCCCCAUACGUGCAAGCCCCCAUACGUGCAAGCCCCCAUACGUGCAGCUGCUCGCACCAUUGUCACUCCCACCCGCAUGCCUCUUCUAUCCAUUCAUUCUGCACCCUGCAUCAGCCCUCUCUCUCUCUCCCUCUCUCUCUCUGCCGCCCAGUUACCACGUGGCCGGUGGUGCGGGCUUCUUCUUUGCCCGCCCGCCCUACAUCAACUCCGCCACGUCAGCAGAAGACGCCUCCACAUCAGCAUCAGGCCCCGUGACGCGGUUCAUAGGUCUAGCCCCCGUGGGCAACAAGGCGAAGCAAAAGUUCCUCCACGCGCUCUCCCUGCGCUCCGCCUCCUCCCUCCCCCUCUCCGACCUCGCCGCCCAGCCCCCCGAUGCCACCCCCUCCCCCUUCCUCCCCCGCCCCUCUUCCGCCAAGAAUCAAAUCUGGACCGGCAGCCUCGCCGCCCCUGACGGUGCCGCCCGGGCUGCUGCCGCUGCCGCCCAGGCGAAGGCCGAAGAGACAGCUGCCAAGCGCACCUUCUGGGAAAGUUCCGACGGGGGAAAAGGAGGGGGGGAGGGGGCGGUAAAGCCUGCAUGGGCGCUAAAGGUGGAGGAGGAGGAGGCGCGGGGGGUGGGGGGAGCAGGGGAGGGGGAGCAGUACUGGCGGUACGCUGCAGGGAAGAAGAGAGUGAGGCGGGACGGGGGACCAGGGGGAGGAGGGGGGGGCAGGGAGGGCAGGGAGGGGCCUCAGGUGUGCUUUGAGCUGUCGGGGAAGGGGGUGUGUUCGCGGGGCGAUGCGUGUCGCUUCAUGCACACUCUAGAGGAUGGAUCACCACUGCCUCGCAACCUAUGCUUUGAGCACUUCAGCAAGGGCAGCUGCAGCAGAGGGACGGACUGUCGAUUCAGACACUCGCUGGCGGAUGGGGAGGUGGGGGGAGGAGGGGGGGAGGGGCAGGGGGGAGGCGAUAACGCUGCUGCUGGCUCUGUUGCUGCUGCUGUUGCUACGGCUGCUGCCGUUGCUGCUGCUGCUGGCGUGGGUCCCAGCAGUGGUGGCCCAUCAGAGCUGCCCAAGGGAGUGUGCUUUGACUUUGUGCGCCGGGGCAGCUGCACUCGCGGGGACACCUGCCGCUUCGCCCACUCGCUGCCCUCCACCUCCCCCGGCCUGCUCGGCACUCCGCCUCCCCUCACCCCCGCCUCCCUCGCCGCACUGCUUGCCCCCCACGCAGGGCCCCCCCCAGGGGGAGCAACAGGAGGAGCAGCAGCAGGGGGAGUAGUGCCGCCCGCCCCAGCGCCAUGCUGGUUCUGUCUGGCGUCCCCUAAAGUGGAGACCCAUCUGGUGGUGUCGGUGGGCGAGCAUUGCUACGUGGCGUUACCCAAGGGCCCCCUCGUGCCGGGGCACGUGCUCAUCCUCCCUAUAGAGCACUUCCCUAGCGUCAUCUCGCUGCCAUCCGACGCGCUGGCGGAGAUGUGGCGGUACAUGGGCGCGCUGAGGCGGUGCUUUGAGGCGCAGGGGCAGACCGUGGUGGCGUUUGAACGGUUCCUGCAGCUCAGAGCGGCCACUCACGCGCAUGUGAACGUGGUGCCCAUCCCCCAGGACAAGGCAGACCAGGUGCUGCCUGCCUUCACUGCCGCUGCUUCCUCCCACAACUUCCAGUUCGCCACCGUCCCAAAACCACCUGAGGGGCAGCACAUGGACGAGGUGAAGAAGCAGAGCCGAGGGGGCCAGUACCUCACAGUGGAGCUGCCCGAUGGGUCACUGCUGGUGCACGCCAUCGACCGCGGUGCCAAGCUGCCCAUGCAGCUGGGAAGGGAGGUGGUGGCGGGGGUGGUGGGGUUGCCGGAGAGGGGCGACUGGCGGGCGUGCAAGGAGACGGCAGAGGAGGAGGCAGCCAUGGCUGAUGCCUUCAAGAAGCAGUUCCAGCCGUUUGACAUCAUGGGGUGA